AUGGAUUAUCAACUCUCCCGUAAUGAUGACGAGGAUAACGCAAGAAAGAGGCGAAGAAUAUUCGUCGUACACCAAGUUGUUACUGCAGUUGCUAUAGCCGUUAUGUGGCACGAAAAGCAUAUGGUGAAAGAGCCAAGAUUGGACUUCUCUGUAGCACGACAAAUAUACCUUAGGCGACUCUAUUAUGGGAGUGAUAGAGUUUGUAAGGAUCAACUUCGUCUAACUAAGCACUGUUUCUUGUUUUAUGCUCUAAUCUAA